AGGCUUCCUUCUGGACAGUCACCUCCUAACUGAGCUCCUUCUUCCUACCACGUCAGAGCGACCAGCCCAGAGCAGCUGCCUGAACCAUGAAGCUGGUGACAGUCCUCAUGCUGACUGCCCUCCCCCUGUACUGUUAUGCAGGGAUUGGCUGCGAUCUUUUGGAUGAUAUGAUCAGUACGACCAUUGAUCCUGAUGUGGAUGUGACUGAAUACAUCAAUAACCUCAAAGACUUCUUACCAGGCGAAGAAACCGAAAAGGCCUACACAUUCAUGAAGGAAUGCUUUCUCCAUCAGAGCGAGGAAACUCUGGAGAAGGUUCAAGAGCUGGAGCAAGCAAUAUACAGUAGCUUUUGGUGUGCUCGGCACUAACUUCCACACAACCUCAGAGAUUUUCCAGAAACAGACUGUGCAUGAGUCGAAGUCACAGGUUAGCUUUCCUUCUUUGUCUUUGGAUCUACAAAUGCAAGACAAUUGUUGAAACCUCACAUACAUUUCAAUAAAGCAUCUGCAAAACUCAA